CAAAAAACAGGGUUUGAAAAAGAACCCCCCCCCCCCCCCCCCCCUUUUUUUUUUCUAAACCUAAGUGCUUUUUAAGAAAUGGCAAGAUCAUCAGUAAUGUCAUCAGAACCUCUUGUUGUUGGUAGAGUGAUUGGUGAUGUUCUUGAUUCCUUCACACAAAGCAUGAAGAUGAGUGUUUUUUAUAGCAAUAACAAACAAGUUUUCAAUGGCCAUGAGUUCUUUCCUUCUGCUGUUGCUGCUAAACCUAGGGCUGAAAUCCAUGGUGGUGACUUGAGAUCUUUCUUCACUCUGAUUAUGACUGACCCAGAUGUUCCUGGGCCAAGUGAUCCUUAUUUAAGGGAGCAUUUACACUGGAUCGUGACGGAUAUCCCUGGGACAACAGACGCCACAUUCGGUAGGGAGGUAGUGAGCUACGAGACUCCAAGGCCAAACAUAGGAAUCCACAGGUUUGUUUUUGUUCUAUUCAAACAAAAGAGAAGACAAUCAGUGAAUCCACCCUCUUCAAGGGACCAUUUCAACACCCGAGCAUUCGCCGUCGACAACGACCUCGGUCUCCCCGUCGCUGCCGUCUACUUCAAUGCCCAAAGAGAAACUGCUGCAAGACGACGUUAAAACCGUCGUCUUUGGCAACAGUAGUGAUCCCAGUGGACCAAAAUAUUUUGAAUUUUAGAAGAAAAGAAAAUCAUAUAGUAUUAAUAUAUUAAUCUGAGUCUUUCUAUUUCCCUAUAAGAAUAAUAAUCACUUUGUAUGGUGAUGAUAGAAGGAAAGGGAGAGAGAUAAUUCUCAGAUUUGUAUAUUAUAUAAAAAGAAAUAAUAUAUAUUUGCAUGAAGGGGAAAUAAUUUGGACAUGCAAAAAGGGAGGAAACGUCGUCGUUUUCUUUUCCUCUUUGGUGUCUUUAAUAAGUAGUUAUAGUAUGUUUAUUUGCGUAUUUUAAUUUGCAUGUUCAUUAGAUGGAUGUGCAAAUGAAUUUAGUUUGAGAUGAUUUACGAUUAUUACCACAGUUUGUAUUUAGUUUCAAAUUAAAAUAUAUAUGAAAUGGUCCACUUGGUAAUGUUUUGUUUCUA